AUGGUAAUAGACAAUUCUCAAAUUCUGAAAGGAAGAAAAGUUUGGGAUAAGUUUCAAGUACCAAUAGAUUCCUUUCGUUUAGUAGCAAAAAAUAUUGAAACAUUUAGAUUUGCUGAAGGCUACCUAGAAUCAUCAAUCGUCAAGUCAACAAAAAAUUCAAUUUCUACAAAUUUAUAUUGA